AUGGAGACUCAGACCAACAGCUCCAUCGCCCUGAGCUGGGAAGUCCCCAGUGGCCCAGACCUUCAGGACUACACCUACUGGGUAGAGUACACUGGAGACGGUGGUGGAACUGAGACCCGAAACACAGCAAAUGCCAAUGUGACAGCUGAGGGACUCGAACCUGGAACCUUGUACACAUUCUCUGUAUGGGCAGAAAAAAAUGGAGCACAUGGCUCCAGGCAGAAUCUCAGCAUCUCCACAGUCCCCAACACAGUGAGAAGCCUCAGCAAGAAGGACGGGACCAACAGCUCUAUUACGUUGCGCUGGACAGCUCCCCAGGGCCCAGGCCAGUCUUCCUACACCUACUGGGUCUCAUGGAUCGGGGAGGGCAUGACUGACCCCAGGACCCAAAACACCUCAGGUACUGAAAUCAUCCUAAAGGAACUGGAAGCUGGCUGCCUGUACCACCUCACUGUCUGGGCCGAGAGGAAUGAGGUCAGAGGCUAUAACAGCACCCUCACUGCAGCCACUGCUCCCAGUGAGGUAACAGAUCUCCAGAAUAAAACUCAGACUAAGAACUCAGUCACGCUGUGGUGGAAGGCCCCUGGAGACCCCCACUUUCAGCUGUACAUAUACUGGGUCCAGUGGGCCAGCGAGGGACGUCCCCAGAGCGGGCAAUAUCCCCGAGCGAAUUGGGCCAACCAGACCCGCAGGACCAACGAGACACAGUACGAGGUGGAGGCCUUGGAACCCGGGACUCUGUACAACUUCACCGUGUGGGCAGAGAGGAAUGACGUAGCCAGUUCCAUGCAGAGCCUCCGUGCGUCCACAUACCCAGACGAAGUCACCAUCACUUCCUGCGUCAGCACCUCAGGGGGCUAUGGAGUCAUCUUGACCUGGUCGUGCCCCCAGGGAGGCUACGAGACCUUUGAGUUGGAGGUGGGAGGACAGCGGGGCUCCCAGGACAGAUCUUCAUGUGGGAAGGGUGUGUCUGUGUCAGGUCUUGGGCCGGCUCAGUCCUACCCAGCCACCAUCACGACCAUCUGGGAUGGAAUGAGGGCUGCGUCUCCCUCUGUGACCUGCCACACUGAGAGUGCAGGGGUCAUUGCUGGAGCCAUCGUGGGCAUUCUCCUAUUUCUCAUCCUGGUGGUCCUGCUGUUUUUCUUCCUGAAGAGGAGGAAUAAGAAGAACCAGCAGAAACCAGAACUCAGGGAUCUGGUCUUCAGCUUCCCAGGGGACAUCCUGGCUGAAGACUUCGCUGACCACGUCAGGAAGAAUGAGAAGGACAGCAACUGCGGUUUUGCGGACGAGUACCAGCAACUGUCCCUGGUGGACCACAGCCAGUCUCAGAUGGUGGCGUUAGCUCCAGAGAACAACGGCAAGAACCGCUACAGAAAUGUACUGCCCUACGACUGGUCCCGGGUGCCCCUGAAGCCCAUCCACGAGGAGCCAGGCUCUGACUACAUCAAUGCCAGCUUCAUGCCCGGUCUCUGGAGCCCCCAGGAGUUCAUUGCCACCCAGGGUCCCCUGCCACAGACGGUGGGUGACUUCUGGCGCCUGGUGUGGGAACAGCAGAGCCACACGCUGGUCAUGCUGACCAACUGCAUGGAGGCCGGCCGGGUGAAGUGUGAGCAUUACUGGCCUCUGGAUUCGCAUCCCUGCACCCACGGGCACCUGCAGGUAACCCUGGUGGGUGAGGAAGUGAUGGAGAACUGGACAGUGCGGGAACUGCAGCUCCUCCAGGUGGAGGAACAGAAGACGCUAUCCGUGAGGCAAUUCCACUACCAGGCCUGGCCAGAUCACGGCGUGCCCUCUUCCCCAGACAUCUUGCUGGCUUUCUGGAGGAUGCUCCGGCAGUGGCUGGAUCAGACCACGGAGGGAGGCCCACCCAUUGUACACUGCAGUGCUGGCGUGGGUCGCACAGGCACCCUCAUUGCCCUGGACGUCCUGCUCCGGCAGCUGCAGUCCCAGGGUCUCCUUGGGCCCUUCAGCUUUGUGAGGAAGAUGAGAGAGAGCCGGCCAUUGAUGGUGCAGACUGAGGCUCAGUACGUGUUCCUGCACCAGUGCCUCCUGCGGUUCCUCCAACAGUCAGCCCAGGCCCCAGCCAAGAAGGAGGUCCUGUAUGAGAGUGUCGAAAAUCUCAUCUAUGAGAACGUGGCCGCCAUCCAGGCCCACAAGUUGGAGGUCUAAGUGACGAGAGGGCUGGGUCGGCAGCCCAAGCAUCCUCAAGCUCUGGACGCCCACGUGAGCCCAGAUUCCUGGACGAGCAGAGGGCUGGGCUCCCAGACUCCUAGGUGCUGUGGCAGGAGGAGACUGGGAUCCCAAACUCUGGUUUCCCCAGGAGACAGUGGUCUGAUGGGCUUCAGAUGAACCCUAUGGGAGCUGGGGAUCUGGAUUCCUGGUUCCUUGAAGGAGAGAUGGUAGCUUGGAUUUCCUAGGUCUUUCAGGGAGGAGGAAGCUGGGAGUCCAGGAUACGGGAAGAAACAGACUGGAGCCUGGAUUCUGAGGCAGGAAGGAAUUCGGGUCUGGAGUUCUGGCUACUUGAGGACCAAAGGCAGGCAGGAUCCUGCCCUGCUUUUACUUCAGAAACCAAAUCAGUCUUCUGUAAUCUGAGGUCAGAGGGUGUCCCUGUGCCCAAGGUCUCCCUGCACCCCACCAUCCACAUAUAUGUUUCCUUCUAUCCCAUAAUUUAUUAAAUCACUGUUCUCCCCA